AUGGUCACUUCAAAGGGGGUUACAGUUUUUGCGUUUGUAGUUUUAAUCUGCAUUGGAUGUUCCUCUGCAGCUAGAACCGUGUUCUACGGUGAGGGAGGGAGAGGAGGUGGAGGUGGUGGUGAGGGUGGGGGUGGUGGAGGUGGAGGUGGUGAAGGCACUGGGUCUGGAUACGGCUCUGGCAGUGGAAGCGGCUCUGGUUAUGGAGGCGGAGUUGCCUUAGGUGGAGGUUAUGCAAGUGUUGGUGGGGGUGGGGGUGGCGAAGGUGGAGGUGGAGGUGGAGGUGGGGGGUCAGGGAAUGGUAGUGGGUAUGGAUCUGGGAGUGGUAGUGGCUCAGGUUAUGGUGCAGGAGGUUUCUGGCCUCCGGGAAUGGAGAAGGAGGAGGUGGAGGUGGUGGCUCUGGAUAUGGUUCGGGAUAUGGUUCUGGAAGUGGCGUUGGGUAUGGUGGAGCACUAG